GCUAGGCGGGUUGCUAGGUCCCGCCUACCGCGGGCGCCAGGGUGGGUCGGUCCGUCUGGCUGCGGCGCUGGCUGCACGGCGGCCCUCGGCACAGCAGCGGCGGCUAGAAGGAACGGGGGCGGCCAGGCCGAGCGGCCGGAGCGGGUAAAGUUUAUUGAAGGCAACAAUGGAACGAUUUGGAGUGAAGUCCGCUCCGUCACGUAACCGCUCGAAGACUGCUUUGUACGUAACUCCUCAGGAUCGUGUAACUGAAUUUGGAAGUGAGCUGCACGAAGAUGGAGGAAAACUCUUCUGUACUUCCUGCAAUGUGGUUCUGAAUCACGUUCGCAAGUCCGCGAUCAAUGACCACCUCAAGUCUAAAACACACACAAAGCGAAAGGCAGAGUUUGAAGAACAGAACGUCAGGAAGAAGCAAAGGACUCUGACUGCCUCCCUUCAGUGCAACAGUACUGCCCAGACAGAGAAAACUAGUGUCAUCCAGGACUUUGUGAAAAUGUGCCUGGAAGCUAAUAUUCCACUUGAGAAGGCUGAUCAUCCGUCUGUGCGAGCCUUCCUGUCCCGCUAUGUCAAGAAUGGCAGUUCAAUACCUAAGUCAGACCAGCUAAGAAAAGCAUACCUGCCUGAUGGGUAUGACAAUGAGAACCAACUCAUCAAUACUGAAGACCGUUGAGAAGAAAACUGUUUUCAUCAUCGUUGUGAAGUUUUACAUAUUGAUGGUGUGGUUUAUUUUUAUAUUCAUGCAUAUAUACAGUGUUACAUAUUGGUUUUACAAGCUAUUUUGUAUUAUUGUAGAAAUGACAAUCUAUUUGUGAACUUAGUGGUAUGCCACAGGCUCUUGCUAACCCUGCUGUAGACUUUGGAGCUACAUUGAUGUAGAACUCAUGAUGAAUGUGGGGAAUGUACCUGGCAUACACUUUAUCUAUGUUCAGUCCAGCUGUAACUGACGCUAAGAAAAAGGCACUUGGGAUGGAGGACCUCACCUGCCUAAACUGUGCAUCUAAAUAUACGAGGAAGAUGACAUGAUAGGGACUGUUAAUCAUGUCAGUGGAUUGCUUUGUCCAGUGUCCUGACCAUGAGUGACCAAGAAGAAGUGCUGCACAUUUGAAAUGCAAGAAGCUGUAGAAUGGUUAGUUAAACUAUAACUGCUCUGUUGGGGGAGGAUUAUUGCAAAUUCCUAAUCAAGUCCGAUUUAUGUUCUAAAAUGGGAAAUGUUUUUUUCUUCUAGAAUACUCCCUUAUCCUAUUUGAUGCAACUGUGUAUGUAUUCCAUUAUCUAGCUUAAUUAACCAGUCUCUUGUAUUGACCUCUGAACUCCACUAUUCUCACAAAGCUAGGAGUUCUGCAGGUUUACCAUGCCCGCCUUUUUAAAAUUGCUAUUUCAUUGUCUUGGUUUAACAUGUCCCCUUCAGUUUCAGUGCCAAUCUUUGAAAGUGGAGUAGACAAACCAGUAACUGAGCGUGGUUUGCAGUGCAGCUGCUGGCAAGUAAAACUUAUACUGGGCCAAAAUCUUAGUAGAGAGGAUUAAUGCCUUUUUCUUACUAGCAGGACAAAGGAUGCUAAAUCUAAAUUGGGGGUGGGGGAGGCGCUAAAUUGCAGAGUUGAGAAACUUUUUUUUACAAUGCACAGAAGAAGAGGCUCCUCCAUCUUUCCCUGAAGGUCCUCUACAUCUCUGGCCUUGUCCUCAGCCUUUUAUUCAAAGGAGGUAAAGUGAUUAAAAUAGUUUUCAAAAUAGUUACUGCAAAGGUUAUUCAAUACCUGUAAGUGCAAGUAGGAAAGUGUGUAUACUUUGAAGCUAUACUGGAAUUACAGACCUGGGCUGUAUUUCUUUCCUCUGAGCCAAGGCCACAUCUACUAGUCUGGCAAAAAGUGAAAUGGGAAACUGCAGAAUUUCAAUAAUGUUACCCUCUCCGAAAUCUAGUAAACGAUUACUGAUCUAUUCUAAAUUAUUAUGCCAAAUAGUCCUCUUGAUGUAAAUGCUCUAUAAAGUUUUUGAAUGGAAUGAAGGAGCAUUGUGCAGAGUGCUGGAAUACAGCCAACUUUUGCUUGCUCUAGAUUUCCUUGAGAUGCUCUGGGUUCAGGGAUGUGCCAAGCAUCUUCAAGCAGCACAGAAACCCUCCACUCCGUGGAUACAAUGGUGUAAGCAUGCUUGAACUCCCUCAGGUGGAGCGGGUUGUUCUGUUCAACACCUUUUCCCCAGUAGAGUUUCACAGUAUCUGUUUCUCAAUAUUUCUUUUACUCCAUAUAUUUUCAGCAAUGCUAAGUAAUUGCUAAAAUGAGACAAAUAACUUGCAUAUUUUGUUUCUGUAGCUAUUUUCCCUAGCUAUUUCUAGAGUAGUCUCUUUUGCUGGAUUGAGAGAGACUUACAUAAUUAGUAACAACUGGUUUUUGUGCAAUUAGCUUCUACCGAAAUGCACUUGGGUUACAUUAUAAUCUUGUCAUGUAGCCUUCUGCUAUGAGACCUGUUUGAAUAAACAGACGAAACUAAAAAGUAGAAAGCUGCCUAUCCAUCUGUACCAGUACACGGGUAUGUGGUACACUGCUGCACCUUUGGCCUCCGUUGAAGCUAGCAGGGCUCCAUGCAGUCAUAGCAAUCCUGUCAAUGAUAUCGGUUGCUGGUUUAGAACUUCAGACAGAAAUAACAGUAGUAAUUUUUUUUUUUCCUCUAAUCCUAGAUAUCAAAAUAUGCCUUCCAAAAUAUUGUUUGCUGUUGCAUAAGCUUGGGUUUAGCUUAAGAUCAUGAACUGCCUUGGACUAGAACUGUUUUAUAAAUCUUCUUAAGCCAAGUGAAAGGUACACUGCCAAUAGCCUUUUCUGUCCUGAUGAUAACUGAAAGCGUUCUUUUACAGCUGCCGUUUCAUUACAGUGAAACGAUGUCCUUGCUUUAAUUUUUUUAUUUUUAUUUUUUUUUUACCUUGUAAAUGCAAUCUUAGAAUUGAAGCAAACAAAAAACAAUGGAGUAUCGAGAAAACAGGCUUCCAUUAAACAAAAGCAUCUAGAGAAGAUGCUACGAUUACAUGGCAUGAAUUUGGGCUAGGUAGCUCAGUUCUUGCUAUCAUGGGAUUUCACAAGCUGCGCCCCAUAACCAUUUUAUAUAGGAUUCAAUGCUGUAUGUUUUUCCCUUGACUGGCAAACUGACAGACAUUUUUAAGAGCUUAAUGGUUACAUUAAAUACGCUCUUGCACAACUGAAAAAAAAAUCAAGUUAUUUUCAUUUAUACGGUUUUACAUAAAAAUAAAAGUUAGCAAUGUCAACAGCUUUCGUUAAAAAAAGAAAACCAGCCAUUUUCAAUGAGGCAAAGCGAUAUUAGAACACUUAGGUUCUCAAAAGCUUACUCUACUUAUAGAGCAGUUCGUGUACAGAGCCUCAAUUCACAGAAUUAAUACAAUUCUGUACGUAUUUUCAAUAAUUAUUCUAAUACCAAUUUAUUUUUUAAGCAGAAUUACUGCAGAGGGUACGAGCCUGGUGAGGAACCUUAUCAGUGCAGCCAUAGGCUACCAACUCACAACAACUUGGAAGCAAAAAUUGGUCAUCAUGAUUUUGAAUGGAACUGACUUAAUUCCAAUGCACAGCAGUUUGUAGGACUCUGGUGUCUUAAUAAAGCGAAAUUUUUGUUUAAAAAAAAAGCCACAACUUUUUUCAAGCUUUUUGAAAAAUCAAGAUACUGAUCCACCAUUGCAACAAACGUUCAUAAUGGAGUAAAGCAAUGAAAAAUAAAGCACUUCCAGGUAAUCUAGAAAGAAUAAUGAAUAAGUAAGUUUAUAUUCAUGGACAUAACCCAGCUCAUCAACAAGACACUUACACUUACUUUCUUUAAAAGUAAAAAUGGUUCCACUCAGUCUUGGAAUAGAGUCCUGCAAAAACUCAAGUUCAGAGUAUAAUUUUUGCCAGUGUGGCUAUAGUUGGAUAAAGCAUAAAUUGCUGUUGAUCUUAGGGAAGAUUUACAGCGGAAGUUUUCUGGUAUACCUAAACCUAAGUAAUAACUAAUCCCUGAGGCUGUGGCUAGGUUGUUUAACAGUCUCCGUGGGGUUUUCCUAUAUUUUCUGCAUUAUUUUUCGAUGUAUUUCCUGUAAAGAGUACUCUCAGAAGUAAAGGAAGGAUGGUAACGACGUCUGCUUUUCAUUUUACAUACGUAAGUAGGGACAGGCUAUACGGGAUACUUUUUGUUAGGUGGUUUUAUUAAUAUAUUAUAAGCUCUAAGUGUAAUAUAAAAAAAAAAGGAGAAAAAGAAGAAAUAUUUUCUUCUAUGACCGUGUACUUGUAUUAAUUUAGCCAACUCAACAGCUAAAAUUACUCCAAAGUGCUUUUCUUGGAACAACACUUUCAAAGAGUAAAAUACAAACAGGAACAUUCUUGGUUUUCUGACUACUUACAUGUAUGCACCAUGUUAGUUUCAGCUUGCAUGUUCUUGAAAAUGAAAAAACAUGAGUGAAUUCUAAUAUUUUUUAAGCAUUUUGAAGCCUGCAAUUUGGCAGGUCCCUAGAGGAGGUGAAAUACUCAUCAUAAUGAAAGGGAAAGCUGUUUUUCAAUUGAGAGAGAAACUUGGUUCUGCAAAGUAUGGGAUAUUCUCAUGAUAGAAGGACUAUUUUUAGCCAGAGCCCCUUUUAACAAUUCUGCUGAACUGAACAGUGAAAUGCUCCCUGCUAGGUUUUGCAGCAUAAUGAGCUGGUUUUCAGGGGAAAAAAAAAAAAAAAAGCUGGAAGUUUGGCAAGGAUAAUCUCUAUUUAUAUUUACAUAUAAAGAGGGGCAAGACUCACUGUUGUUGUGUUCACAUUGUACUCACUGCUAACUCUUUGUGUAAUUUGAGUGCUUGUUGUCUUUGUACAAUUUUAAGGUUGUGUCUAACUUUCAAAAUAAAUUUUUUUUAACAAAGCUGCUCAUUGUAAUAAUGCUAUUAGAGUUUAGUCUCUUUUGGGCUAGUGAAGAUGCUUUAUAUUUGGUUUGCUGGUAAGGGUGUUUUGCUGAUGGUAAGUGGCCAAAGAAAUGGCUUUAUUUAAACAAGUGAUGAACUUAUAAUUAGAUAGUGGAGUGAGGCUGAAAGUACCUGGGUCCUGCAGUGCCACAAGACUUCCUGUUAGAACAGUAAGAUCAGAAUAAGUGAUUUAAGUUUUUAUAUUGAAAUAUUAUUGGAAAAGAAAUACUUUACUUUGUAAAGUUUUCACUCCAUAAUGGAAAAAUGGUCCUUUUUUAAAAAAAAUAAAGGAAUUCCUUUUUCAUAGAAUUUAUGCAUGAUCUCUUAUUUUGCCAAGGAAGUGGAUAAAGAACAUGUGGUAGGUCACGUAUAAUGGUAAUGUAAGAUAGUAGAAAUGGAUGGUGACAGGAAAAAUUAAAGAAUGUACAUGCUAGCUUAAGAUAAUAUCCAGCUAUGUGUUGAAGCAGUUUGUUGAUGUAUCUGUACAAUCGCAUUGAAGUCUGUUUCAGGACUGCUUGUACAGAACCCCUGUUUCCGGUCAAGUGCAUGAAUUUCUUCAUGGUGGCAGACAUUCCCUAAUUAUGCCUUCUGUUGCAAUUGAACACCAAGUGAAAUAAUUGUUAUGCAUUUUGACAUUGCAGCAAAUGAUUUAUAGGUAUAGGAUCUUGCAGCUGCCUAAUGCUUCAGGUCUUUUCAGGAAGGGCUUCUGCAAUGUGGAAGAAUCGGGUCGUUCCAAAGUAUCUGCAAAAAGGUCACAGUUUGAUUUCUGUCUCCCUUAGGGACUUCGUGAAAAUUGCAAACAUAACAUCAGCCCAUCAGAUUAUCAACUGUAGGUUUGAUUGUUUGCAUGUUCCUUUUCCUGAAUUCUUAUCUGGCUUGACAUCUCACGAUGGAUCAGUGGUAAACUUGUGCAACCUCUUGACUCAUCAGCUUUUUAAUCAUUACUUUCUCAUUUUCAGGUCACAGCACAUUAAGAUCAAGUUGCUUUUUGUUGCCUUUAUACCAAAUGGAAAAGCAGAAUAGAA